AUGCCCAAUUUCCGCAGCUCCCGUCGCGCGCCUCAGCUGAAAGACAACGAGAUCGACCACGCCAUAGACCUCGUUGACCAUGAUAACUCGAUACCCGUCGAUGACGCUCGAUCCUUGAGUGUCGUCACAGCCAACACUGCCGACCUGUCUGCUUCGGGGCAGCCCCUUAUAUCCCCCGACUCGAGAGCACCCCUCAUCCAAACCUCUGAAGGAGAUCCUGUACACGUAUCGGACGAUGCGGGAACCGACGCCGGCCCUUCUGACGGACAGGACAUAGCCCAGCCCGCUACAAACGAAGCCGAGUCAUCGAGCGCAAGGAAAGAAACAAUAUCGGCUCAGAGGCCUCUGUCCAAGGCUUUCAGUAGCAGAAGCAAGCGGGUUUCCCAACAUCACCCCCACACGUCGAAAGAGCACGAAACUGCAAUCGAUAUCCUGUUCGAAAACGAGCGCGGGGCCUUCCUCUGUGGCCGGCCUCUCUUCUCUUCCGCUGCGCUGGGGAACCUGGAUCCCCCACCAUGGACCAACUUUGCCCACAAGCCCAGCCCUACCGACAUACACAACGCCCAAGUCCCUGACCCGAGUUGGGAAUGGGUCUGGCCCGAAUGGCGCAUCAAUCGAGACGAAAUGAUCGAGUUGGAUGACGACGGUUGGGAAUACUCCUUCAUGUUUUCGAAGUGGUUCUCAUGGCAUGGACCCAAGUGGUACAGUUCAUACGUGCGAAGGAGGGCUUGGACCAGGAGACGAGUCAAAAAGGGCUUCGGCUAUCAGGCGAUCGACGAGCAUUUCAUGAAUACCGAUUACUUCACAGUCACUUCCCCGCGGCAGAAGCAUCGCAGUACUGUUGCGAUCGCUGCCCAAGUCGAGCAGGCAAAUGUUGGCCAGCAAUCCCGGGCGUCGCAAGAGCUGGGCCUGACUAUCCAAAAGAUGCUCCAGGAGGAUGACGACAAAGCUUAUGCCAAGGUGGUCGUGAAGACUGCCGAUGAUCUUGUGCCGGUUCUCAGGCUGUCACGCAUCGACCGAGAGAAGCUCGAGGCGGUCGAAAACUACAUUGAGAACACGGCAGAUGAAUUGCUGAAAUUGCAAGACUACAUGCAUGAGAUCAUGUCCAUCUUCGUGUUCCAGUCCUCUCGAAAGUUGUUGCUCACCCGACUCAUACAGCUCCACGAUGAAGUGGUAGAGAAGCAAAGGAAAGGGGAAUCACGCGAGACGCAGAAGAUGGCCGAGAACCUUUCUGGUGCUAUUCGGCACGCUGACGAGGAAGUACGACGUCUAGAAUACUGGAGCGAUAUCAAAGGGAUGGCAGAGAAUGGCGAGUCCGGGGGUGCCGUGGAUCGCGUCAAGGGAUGGGAUCAUGGUUGGGAAGGUCUCGACAACAGUGGUGCCAAGGGCGUCCCAGGAGGAGAAGCGACCUUACCAUGA